CGGAAACAAACGGCGGCGCGGUUUGUGCCUGAAUAACAACAUUUCGCGGGAGAGCAGCAGCAGCUAGCGACAGGCUUUAAGCUGUCUACACGGGCAUCAACAGACAAAUUAAAUUCAUAACACAAUGAGUUUGUGGGUGGACAAAUAUCGACCGACUUCCCUCGGGAAACUCGACUACCAUAAAGACCAAGCGGCCCAGUUGAAAAACCUGGUUCAAUGUGGCGACUUCCCACACCUGCUGGUGUACGGUCCAUCAGGCGCAGGGAAGAAGACCCGCAUCAUGUGUCUGCUGAGGGAGCUGUAUGGAGCCGGAGUGGAGAAGCUCCGCAUAGAGCACCAGACCAUCGUGGCUCCUUCAAAGAAGAAAAUUGAGAUCAACACAAUUGCCAGCAACUACCACCUGGAAGUCAAUGCGAGUGACGCAGGAAACCAGGACCGUGUGGUGAUUCAAGAGCUGAUUAAAACUGUGGCUCAGUCUCAGCAGAUCCAAUCCAGCACCCAGAGAGAGUUUAAAGUGGUGUUGCUAACAGAGGUGGACAGACUCACAAAGGAUGCCCAGCAUGCUUUGCGUCGGACGAUGGAAAAAUACAUGGGCACCUGCCGCCUCAUCCUCUGCUCCAACUCCACCUCCAGAGUCAUAGGGCCAAUUCGGAGCCGUUGUCUGGCUAUCAGAGUUCCUCUGCCGAGCACUGAAGAGGUCUGUAAUGUUCUGACAGCAGUCUGUAAAAAGGAAGGUUUACUCCUCCCACCUGAGCUGGCCAAGCAAAUCAGUGAGAAGUCUGGUCGCAACCUCCGCAAAGCUCUUCUGAUGUGUGAGGCCUGCAGAGUGCAGCAGUAUCCGUUCUCAGUGGACCAAGACGUCCCAGAGACAGACUGGGAGGUGUACCUAAGAGAAACAGCUAAUGCCAUUGUCAGCCAGCAGAGCCCUCAGAGGUUGAUGGAGGUUCGGGCCAGGCUGUACGAGCUGCUGACCCACUGCAUUCCCCCUGAGAUCAUUAUGAAGGGCCUGGUGACAGAGUUGCUGAGUAACUGCGAUGGCCAUCUGAAGACAGAGGUGGCCCACAUGGCAGCUUACUACGAACACAGGCUGCAGAUGGGCAACAAAGCUAUCUACCACCUGGAGGCAUUCAUCGCCAAGUUCAUGGCCAUCUACAAGAAGUUCAUGGAGGAUGGUCUGGAUGCCAUGAUGUUUUGACUUUGAAUGGACUUAAAUACACAAACUUUUCUUGGCAGGAUUUCAACAACCGUCAUUGAUUUCCUGAUAUCUUUGCCCCAACAAGACUGUCUGUGGCGGGCUUUAUACAGAUUUACAUGUGUAUUCUGUUACGCAUUGUGGUGACGCAGGAUGAAUCUUGAUAGUCUGACAGUUCGUGGCUUUGUGCCAGGGUUUGUUGCCCAAAACCUCAGCACUGUACAGAUUGUAAACCUUGAACUGUCACUCUAGUGGCGUAAAAUACGUAAUCAAAACAGAGCAGCUUUGAUAGUGACUUCAGCAGGACGAGAGAUGUUUUCCUAAAAAUCUAAAUCAGAAGAUUACAAUAAAAUACUUUGUUUAAAACAUGUAAAAAGUCUGGUGUUGCUCUAUGGAUUUGACCAAACGUGGAUGUUAUUACCGAAAACAGACUUCUGUAACACUUACUGUUCAAAUCACACACCAGCCUCAUUGACCAUCAAUCCUGCAACCUUCAUAAUGAACUUGAUGAUAAAUGCUGUUAGGUAUUAUAGAUCAUGAAAAUGUUCUACUACUGUGUUAUGUUUUCUUCAAUUUGUUUAAGCAAAUUUAUUGUCAGCUGAGCAGUAACAACAUAAACAAAUGUUCAUUCCAGUCACAAAACUGCACAAACUAUUCUGAUUAACACGUUAUUAGAAAAUGUGAUUUUAGCUGUAAAAUGUACCUUCCACAGGUUUCUUCCUCUGGAUAACUUCUCCUGUAGAUUCUAUGGGGAAAUGACGUUGGCAGCAUGGUGGAGUGCAAAGGGUCUCAAAAACAGAAACCCCUAAUGGGUGAUGCUUGACUUUCUAAACAACACAAACUCUCAGAAGCAGUUUUGAGGAGUCCCUUCUGUGAUGUAGGCUUCACAACAAGUGUUUCCAAACUUAAUUGAUAAGUUGUUUUGUUUUUUUUCCCCAUUAUAUUAAAUGUUGAUGUGACUGAUGCAUUA